UAUACAGUCAUAUGUUAAAACAUCUUAUAUUUAAUAAUUGUCAGAAUUGUAUUUGUUUGCAAAAGUAAUUGUUAUUAUUUUAUUUAAUAUGACUGAGUUUUCACCACAAGUAAAUUUCAAGAAUGAUUCCUUACUAAAAGAAGAAAACAGUCUAGAUGUACAUAGUCCCAUCCGCCCCAUCCAUUUGAAUGCCAUAGACCGGAAGUGUGGAGAAAUAUUUGUACUGGCUAAUACGGAGUUUUGGUUUCUAUGCACAUUUUGUGAUGAACGUUUUCAUAGCAUUGUAGUUUUUCAGAAUCACAUUAAGAUCUUUCACAUAACAAAUACUAAAAGUAUUCAGAAUACGGCAGAUGAAAAUCCUUUAGAUUUUAAUUCAAACGAAAAAUUUAAAAUCAAAAUAGUUGCAGAUGAAAAGAGUGUUGAUCAUAAUGAGAACACUGAAGGAAAGAUUUGCAAAUGGGAAAUGCAGGAUGAUAUCAAGGCACAGGAACUCUAUAAUAAAGAUCAUAACAUAGGCGAUAUCGGCAUAAUCCAGUCAUCACACCAUGAAGAGCAAGAAGGACUUAUAAACGAAACUAACAACAAUAAAAUUAUAGAAGUUAGCCAGAAUAAUAUUUCUUCAAAUGAAAACGUUUCUAGAGCUAUUCAUCGAAAGAAAAAUAUAAUUCAUGAUUCACCCAAAAAGCGGAUUCGCAGAAAGAAAGUUUAUUCAUGUUCUUAUUGUGAGCAUAUAGCAACUAAUCAAUCAACCUUAGAAGCACACAAGCAAUCUUGUCAUGAUGCAGGAACCCGGUAUCAAUGCGAGGAAUGUGGCAAGUGUUUUAGUAAUGCAUCUAACCUGAGACAUCAUUUGGUAAUUCAUUCUGGAACUCGACCCUAUAAGUGUGAAUUUUGUGAUGCCGGUUUCUCACAUUCAAACAGCCUUAAAGCACAUCGUUAUCUUCAUACUGGUAAUCGUCCUUACAAAUGUGUUGAAUGUGAUAAGGGAUUUGUUUCUAGUGGCGCGCUUAAAAUCCACAUGAGAGAGCAUACAGGUGAAACACCAUAUGUGUGUCAAUUUUGUAAGAAAGCGUUCGCUACUCAAUGUUCUUAUAAAAGACAUAUGAUAAGCCACGCUGGUCAGCGAACUCAUAAGUGUCAACAAUGUGAAAAAGCUUUCCUUCAUAAAGAAACACUCAAUACACAUAUGGCUUGUCAUUCUACUGAAAAACUAUAUGCUUGCGAUAUUUGUCCAAAAAAAUUCAAUCACAAAAAGAACCUAGCGCAGCACAAGAAACUACAUUCGAGUAUCAAGCAAUAUGUUUGCAAGAUAUGCGGCAAGGAUUUUGCACAGUAUGCAGGUCUGCACUCACAUAUGAAAAGUCACAGAAGUAAGAGUGUCAAUGAUUCAAAUAAAAUGUUUUGAAAGUCCUUUA